AUGUCUAUCUGGAGACCGUUUGAGAACAACGCGCCAUCAGAUAUAUCAGUGAACCAACACCAGGACAGCGCACCAUCAGCCUUAGAAAAUUUGACUCUUCGUCGUGUUAAUGCUGUGCCAAGUGCAGCACCAACACAGCCUGCAGUCGUGCUUGCUUCUAUGGCAAUUAGAGUGUCGCCUUCAAAUUCACCGGACUCACCAAGCGCCGGAAGUCAUCCACAUUUUAUGGCAGACGUCGACGCUCUGCAAAACGAUUCAAACUAUCAAAUAUUUGAAAGGAACGCACUCAGAGCAAUGUCUCAGAGAAAUGGCGGGCCUCUUUUGAGACAUAACCCAAGGAUGCGCCGUGCCGUCCAGACGGAAAAUAAUGCGGACGAUUCCUACAGACGACAGAGGGAGAGGAAUAACAUUGCCGCCAAGCAGAGUCGUGAUAAGCGGAAGUUGCGGGAAAUUCGUUUGGGACACGCGGCGGAGGUAGCAGAUACUCCAGCACUUCGACAGCAGCAGCUGACGCUCUUGUGGGACUUAAGCAACUUGAUGUAA